GGAAUUCCUUAUAUGGCUUUUCAACUCCUAUAAAGCAAACCCAGUAAUUCUAUGAUUUCUAUUUCUUACUGGUAUUUUAUCUAGAAUCCACUGAGUCUCUCUCUUUCUUUCUGGUUAUUCAAGAAUGUUCAGUCUAUCGCUUUUGGGGCUUUUGUUCUUGACAAUGGGUGUUGGAGGUGGUCAUGAUAUUAAUGAGAACUUCGUUGGGGAUAUUUUUGAUGACCUUCAGAAAAGUUUGGACUUUUUUGAUGUUGGCCAUGAAAAUUUCUCAACAGAGAGCCAGCUCUGUAUACCAUAUGACAACGUAGAGGACCUUGAAUGGUUCCCCAAUUUUACUGAUGAUUUUAUAUCGUUGGAUGGAUUGUGUUCAACCCCAGAACGUAACAGCAGCAUGUCUUUUGGAGAGUUUAAGGUCGAAAACAGCAAAACCGAAAACUCGAGUUCGUUGGGACAAUUUGACAAACAAGUUGAAGGCAAGAAAACAUAUGGAAUUGACAACACUACCGCCUUCGCUAUUAAAAAGCAGAGGAGCAAGCGAAGGGGAAACCACUGUCGUAAGAGAGCAUGGUCGAAGUCUUCUUCGAAUUUAUACACUUUGGUUGUGUCGGAUGAUCGAGAACCAAAGAGAAAGUGUAGUCACUGCGCCUCAGAGAGGACGCCGCAGUGGAGAGUUGGGCCACUAGGGCCCAAGACGCUGUGUAACGCUUGUGGGGUCCGGUACAAGUCGGGGAGGCUAGUCCCGGAGUAUCGACCGGCGGCGAGCCCCUACUUUGAUAGCAUGAAGCAUUCGAAUUUUCACAAGAAGAUAAUGAAGAAAAAGGGCAUACGUGCAUAAAGAAAAGAAGAGGGGUUAUUUUGGGUAAUGCAGUUUGAAUAAUUUUAUUUGGACUUUCUGCAUUACGUGGUUUUUUUUUUUUGUUUUAAUUCAUUACUGUGAAUAUUUUAAAACCGU